AUGCCGAGAGCUAAAUCAUUUCCGCAUUGUGCCGUUUCAAAGUGUGAAACUAAAUAUGAUGGACGAAUUAGUUUCUUCAGAUUCCCCAAGGAGAACAGGGAAAGGUACUUUGAGUGGUUGAAGUUAUGUGGAAGAUUAGACCUGAUUGAGAUUGACAAGGAUUGCAAUAAUUUCCAUAUCACAAAAGCGGAUACUGUAAUAUUCCAAAAUAAUUGA